UCAUGGCGUCUCCCAGUGGGAAGGGAGCCCGGGCGCCGGAGGCUCCUGGCUGCGGGCCCCGGCCGCUCGCCCGAGACCUGGUGGACUCGGUGGACGACGCGGAGGGGCUGUACGUCGCGGUCGAGCGGUGUCCGCUGUGCAACACCACCCGCCGGCGCCUGACCUGCGCCAAGUGCGUUCAGAACGGCGAUUUCGUCUACUUCGACGGCCGCGACCGGGAGAGGUUUAUAGACAAGAAGGCACGGUUGAGCCAGCUUAAGAGCAAGCAAGAAGAAUUUCAAAAAGAAGUGCUAAAAGCUAUGGAAGGAAAAUGGAUAACAGAUCAGUUGAGAUGGAAAAUAAUGUCCUGCAAGAUGAGGAUUGAACAGCUGAAGCAAACAAUAUGUAAAGGAAAUGAAGAAAUGAAGAAAAAUUCUGAAGGCCUUCUCAAAACCAAGGAAAAGAACCAGAAGCUUUAUACUCGAGCACAACGGCAUCAAGAGAAAAAGGAGAAGAUUCAGAGGCACAAUCGUAAACUUGGUGACCUAGUAGAAAAAAAGACCAUUGACUUAAAGAGUCAUUAUGAGCGUCUGGCAAAUCUUCGGCGAUCUCAUAUAUUGGAGCUCACCUCUGUCAUUUUUCCAAUCGAGGAAGUCAAGACUGGUGCGAGAGAUCCUGCAGACGGAUCUUCAGAGAGUGACAGUGCCAUGACCUCCAGCACCGUGAGCAAGCUUGCUGAAGCCCGCAGGACGACUUAUCAUUCUGGGAGAUGGGUCUGUGACGACCACAAUGGGGACACCAGCAUUAGCAUCACAGGGCCUUGGAUUAGCCUUCCCAACAACGGGGACUAUUCUGCCUACUAUAACUGGGUGGAAGAGAAGAAAACCACGCAGGGGCCUGACAUGGAGCAUAGCAACCCCGCGUACACGAUCAGUGCCGCCUUGUGCUACGCGACGCAGCUGGUCAACAUCUUAUCGCACAUCCUCGACAUAAACCUUCCCAAAAAGCUGUGCAACAGUGAAUUUUGUGGGGAAAAUCUCAGCAGACAGAAAUUUACUCGAGCAGUAAAGAAACUGAAUGCAAAUAUUCUUUACCUGUGCUUUUCUCAGCAUGUAAAUUUAGAUCAAUUACAACCACUGCAUACCCUCAGGAAUCUAAUGUACCUGGUCAGCCCGAAUUCUGAACACCUAGGCAGGUCGGGACCCUUUGAAGUGCGAGCAGACCUCGAGGAGUCCAUGGAAUUUGUGGAUCCAGGCGUCGCUGGAGAAUCAGAUGAGAGUGGAGACGAGCACAUAAGUGACGAGGAAACUGACCUGGGCACAGACUGGGAGAACUUGCCAAGCCCCCGAUUUUGUGAUAUCCCUUCCCAGCCCGUGGAAGUCUCACAGAGCCAGAGCACCCAGGUGUCCCCACCCACCGCCAGCAGCAGUGCCGGCGGGAUGAUCUCCUCUGCUGCAGCCUCGGUGACCUCCUGGCUGAAAGCUUACACUGGACACCGUUAGCAAACGUGGGUCAGACAUGCCAGAUUGCAGCAGGAAAGUAAACUAGUAAACUUGAUGUAUUUAGGUAAGAUCACGCCUGGAACAAAAAGAGGUUUUAAACUGUUUUUGUUUUUGUUUUUAAAGCAGGGAGACAAGCAUUUCUAUUUGUCAAAUGGCCUAUGCUGGUGACUGACAUGCUUAGAAUAAUUAAUAGAACAGGGGUCAGAGGUCCUUCUACCCAGAAUCCUAUUGGUGGGAGGAGGACCAGUGCACGAGGCCAGUUCUGUUGAGGCAGAAAGUCAUUUGGGCCCCUGAUUACAGGCCAGAGGACCCACAGACACAGGCUGGCAUGUUGGUCGUUGCGAUGCUGAGACUAUUCCUGAUCACUUUACAUUUUAGAGGCUGAAUCACAAGGAAGUGAUUCUUGAUGAUUAGGACUUGAAAGAUAAAAAACUGUGUAAUAUGAGUUUGUUUUUAUGUGAUUAUUUUUGUACAGAGAACCAGCAAGCAAUUUGAAAUACUUGAUUUCUUUAUAAUUUGGUCAUGUUUGGUUUUUAGGUCAAGGAUUUUGGUUUUGUUUGGAAAAGGUAGUGUUUUUCAGGGGGGUGAGUUUAAAAAUUAUUUCACUUGUGCUGCUCUGUCGUAGCUCGUCAGACAUUCCUGUUUUUCUUUCUCCCACACACCAAAGAAACUAAGCUCUUUUCGUCAGGACCCGCAUCCGUGAACACAAGAACUUGUAGCUGCAAUAAUGUCCUAGAGAUCUUAAACCUAUUUUCUUACAUUCUGAGUGGAAUUAAAUUCAUUCUUACCUAGAUUAUUGAAUUCCUACCAUCUACACUAUGUGCAUUUUGAAGUUAAACUUAUUUUCUACGAGUGAAAGAUUUAAGUCAUUAGGUUGUUCGCUAAUGUAAGCUAAAUGCCUGCCUGGGCACAGGUUAAAAGCCACUCAGUUACGUGGCCUUUGGUGUUCUCCUGGUGUCCAGUUUCUUUCUAAGGGAUUUAGUUAGUGGCAGGUUUUUCCAGGGAAAACCAUCCCACUUGUUUGUUUCCUAGAAGUUUUUGUUGCUCUAAGGACACUACCUUCCCUCAGAAAAGCAAAGCAAAUCAUUAGAGCUGAUACUACUCUUCUCUAUGGGGAAGCUCUAUGGGAAGACUGAUAGGAGAAUUUUCAGCUAACGUGUCUUGUCAUUCUCUUAGUGACAAUCUUAAAAGAAAACUGUAGAGAGGCAUUAUGUACAAAUAUGUAAGUAGUUUAUUUUUAAUAACUGCAAAAAAAAAAAAAAAAUCCUAUGUAACAACUACAAAAAGAAAUCCUAUGAAAAAUUCCUAACAGGCAUUAUUGCCGUAUCUUGUUCGUGUGAUUAGCAUGAUAGUACCUCAGAUAAACCAUCGAGGGUUUCCCGGCCCUAGCUUCUUUUCCCGUUGUAAUUAUUAGAGAUGAUACUUUGCCUCCAAAUCCGAGGUGCUAUUAUAUAGCUUUUGCUAUCGAUAUAUUUAGUGUUUGGUAGUUUUGGGUAGAAUGUUGAAGGGUGUUUAUUCCUGUCCAGGAGCCCCAAGUCCCUGACUAUGGAUUUUCCACCGUGGAGGAAACCGGCAGGCUCUGCUGGAACUGCUCAGCUGUGCUGCUGGGCUUGCGUGGUCCCAUCCAGGCCAGUAUUCAUAGAGGGGUGCACUUGAACAAAUACCAAAUGAACUUAAAAUCCCAUGAGAAAGAGUUAUCCAGGUACUUCCAACCCUCAAAACGAAGAGCUUUCUCUCAGGAGUUGAAAGAUUAGGAUUUGGGGCUUGAGGUAGAGACCGACUUCAGCUGAGAGAUGCACAAUGUCAUGGUUUUCCUCAAGUAAGCCUCUUCUGAAACCAUGAAUGUGAUGAAGCUAAACAACAGAAUCCAGAGAUCAACAAACCUUACAAGGAUAUGGGAAAUGGAGGGAUUGAUAGGGUAUAUUUUGUUGUUGUUAUCAACUAGAGGCACUUUACUUAGGGUUAAAUGAUCAAACCCUUCGUGGUUAUGAACACCAACAUACUGGCUUACACUGCUGAGGUAUUUUGGUUUCAUUAUUUUGCACUGGACCCACCAUGUAAAUAUCUUAAGUAUACAUUUCAACCACUGUUUUUUCUACUCUCUUUGCUGCUCAUUAAAACCUUUCAUGUAGGUGCCAGAACCAUAUGUAAACAGCGUUUUAAAAGAAUUGAAGCCGGUUUUUAUUUUUAAACAAAAAGCCAUAGAAUUUGGUCCUUUUUUCCAUAUUAAAAUUAUUUCUUCAAACACACAGUAAUACUAAUAAAAACCUAGAGGCACCAACAGGCUGCUUAAAAUGGUCUGUUAAAGACUUUGUAGUGGAGUAUGACUAAGAAAAGUUUUGCACAUCUGUAAGUUAAGGCAAAAACAUGCCAGCAUUGGACCCAGCAGACAGGGUUCAUUGGAGGAUCCGGGUGCUGAUCUGGGAAAGAGCACUUGGUGGCCUGCAGUUUAAAGAACGACAGUAUGUGGUUCUCCUUGUGGCGUCAGGUUGCAGGAGUCUCCCACUGCUUGAG